AUGGGGGGCGGAUCCGGAUCUUUCCUCAAGGUCUUGGUCAACAACUUGGAUGUUCUCGCGGGGCCUGUAGUUUCACUUGCAUAUCCUCUGUAUGCCUCUGUUAGAGCAAUUGAAACAAAAUCUGCUGUAGAUGAUCAGCAAUGGCUCACAUACUGGGUGCUGUACUCAUUUAUCACUCUAUUCGAGCUCACCUUUGCUCCAGUACUCGAAUGGCUCCCUUUCUGGUCUUAUGCGAAACUGUUUUUCAAUUGCUGGUUAGUAUUGCCACAGUUCAAUGGAGCUGCACAUGUAUAUGAGCAUUUUGUGAGGCCAAUGAUUGUAAAUCAGCAAGUUGUAAACAUCUGGUAUAUUCCAAAGAAGGAUGAAUCAAGCAGGCCUGAUGAUGUAAUUUCAGCUGCACAGAGAUACAUUGAGCAAAAUGGAACAAAAGCGUUUGAGAAUCUUGUUAACAAGUUUAAGAGUUCAAACCCAAAGCGCUCAAUUCUGGAGGAGGUAGAGGUUGAAAGGAGAGCCAGGAUUCAACGAGAAUCUGAAGCGAGGGAAGUGAACCCUUUCUUCAAUCCAGAAUAUCAAUACUAG